UAUCAGCUGAAUGUAAAUUGUGUGAAAUAAUAGGUAAUGGGUCUUUCUUUUUGUUUUUUAACCAGUGACUUUUUUGAACGAACCAUUUUGUGCAACAGCCUUGUGUGGAGUUGUGCUGUGACAGGUAGACCUGGAUUGACCUAUCAGGAAGCACUUGAGUCAGAGAAAAAAGCAAGACUGAAUCUUCAGAGUUUUCCAGAACCACUAAUUACUCCAGUUUUAUACUUGACCAACCUUACUCAUCGCUCACGCUUACAUGAAGUUUGUGAUGAUAUUUUUGCAUAUGUCAAGGACCGAUACUUUGUUGAAGAAACUGUGGAAGUCAUUAGGAACAAUGGUACAAGGUUACAGUGCAGAAUUUUGGAAGUCCUGCCUCCAUCACAUCAAAAUGGUUUUGUUAAUGGACAUGUUAGUAGUGUAGAUGGGGAAACUAUUGUCAUCAGUGAUAGUGAUGAUUCAGAAGCACAGAACAACUCUUUCCAAAAUGGGUAUGGAGUUUGGGUUGAAUUCUUUGAUAUUAAUACUACCAUCUUCUCCCCUUCCCAUGCCCCUAGCAGAAGAAAACACCUAUUUUCUCGUGAUAAACUGAAACUUUUUCUGAAGCAACACUGUGAAUCACAAGAUGGAGUCAUUAAAAUUAAGGCAUCAUCUCUUUCAACAUAUAAAAUAGCAGAACAAGAUUUUUCUUAUUUCUUCCCUGAUGAUCCACCUACAUUUAUCUUCAGUCCUGCUAACAGACGGAGGGGGAGACCUCCCAAACGAAUAUCUGUUAAUCAGGAAGACAACAUUGAUAAUAAACAGACUAUUGCAGGAUAUAGGAACAAAACUACUAAGGAAAGAGACAAACUUUUGAAACAAGAAGAAAUGAAGGCACUAGCUUUUGAAAAGGCAAAAUUAAAAAGAGAAAGAGCAGAUGCCAUAGAAGCAAAGAAAAAAGAAAAGGAAGAUAAAGAGAAAAAGAGGGAAGAAUUGAAGAAAAUAAUUGAAGAAGAGAGACUAAAGAAAAAAGAAGAAAAAGAGAGGCUUAAAAUAGAAAGAGAAAAGGAAAGAGAGAAGUUACGUGAAGAAAAGCGAAAGUAUAUGGAAUACUUAAAACAAUGGAGUAAACCCAGAGAAGAUAUGGAAUGUGAUGACCUUAAGGAACUUCCAGAACCAACUCCAGUAAAAACUAGACUACCUCCUGAAAUCUUUGGUGAUGCUCUGAUGGUUUUGGAGUUUCUUAAUGCUUUUGGGGAACUUUUUGACCUCCAAGAUGAAUUUCCUGAGGGAGUAACUCUAGAAGUAUUAGAGGAAGCUCUUGUAGGAAAUGACAGUGAAGGCCCACUAUGUGAAUUGCUUUUUUUCUUCCUGACUGCAAUCUUCCAGGCCAUGGCUGAAGAAGAAGAGGAAGUUGCCAAAGAGCAAAUACCUGAUGCUGACACCAAAGAUUUAACAGAGGCUUUGGAUGAAGAUGCAGACCCCACAAAAUCUGCACUGUCUGCAGUUGCAUCUUUGGCAGCUGCAUGGCCGCAGUUACACCAGGGCUGCAGUUUGAAAAGCUUGGAUCUUGAUAGCUGCACUCUUUCUGAAAUCCUCAGACUGCACAUCUUAGCUUCAGGUGCUGAUGUAACAUCAGCAAAUGCAAAGUACAGAUACCAGAAACGAGGAGGAUUUGAUGCCACAGAUGAUGCUUGUAUGGAGCUCCGUUUAAGUAAUCCUAGUCUGGUGAAGAAAUUGUCAAGCACUUCAGUGUAUGAUUUGACACCAGGAGAAAAAAUGAAGAUACUUCAUGCUCUCUGUGGAAAGCUUCUGACUCUAGUUUCUACUAGGGAUUUCAUUGAAGAUUAUGUUGAUGUAUUACGACAGGCAAAGCAAGAGUUUCGGGAGUUAAAAGCAGAACAACAUCGAAAAGAAAGAGAAGAAGCAGCUGCUAGAAUACGUAGAAGAAAGGAAGAAAAACUUAAGGAACAAGAACAAAAAAUGAAAGAGAAACAAGAAAAACUGAAGGAAGAUGAGCAUAAAAAUUCAACUGCAGAUGUCUCUAUAGGGGAGGAAGAAAGGGAAGAUUUUGAUACUAGCACUGAGAGCAAAGAAAUAGAACAAAAGGAACUCGAUCAGGAUAUGGUCACUGAAGAUGAAGAUGAACCAGGAUCACAAAGAAGAAGCAGAAGGGGAAAAAGGGGACAAAAUGAGUUUAAAGAAUGUACAAGGCAAGAAGAGAUCAACUGUGUGAUAGAUGGACCUUUUACUGCUGAUGAAGAAGAAGCUUUCAAACAAGAGCACCAACGAAAAGAGAAAGAGCUCUUAGAAAAAAUCCAAAGUGCCAUAGCAUGUACCAAUAUCUUUCCCUUGGGGCGUGACCGAAUGUACAGACGAUACUGGAUUUUCCCUUCUAUUCCUGGUUUGUUUAUUGAAGAAGAUUAUUCUGGUCUCACUGAAGACAUGCUCUUGCCUAGACCUUCAUCAUUUCAGAAUAAUACACAGUCUCAAGAUCCUCAGGUAUCUACUAAAACUGAAGAGUCUGUGAUGUCUGAAGCUACCUCCAACAUUGACCAUGGUCCAUGUGAUGAUUCUGUGCAGCUGCCAAAACCAGUGCAUAAGCCAAAUCGGUGGUGCUUUUAUAGUUCUUGCGAUCAGCUGGACCAGCUUAUUGAAGCUCUAAAUUCUAGAGGAUAUAGAGAAAGUGCCUUAAAAGAAACCUUAUUGCAAGAGAAAAGCAGAAUAUGCGCACAGCUAGCUGGUUUUUCUGAAGAGAAAUUUCAUUUUUCAGACAAACCUCAGAUGGAUAGCAAACCUGCAUAUACUCGGGGAAGAUCUUCCAGUGUACAUGACCCACCUCAGAUGUCUGCAGAAAGGCAACUAGAACUGAGACUUAGAGAUUUUCUUUUGGAUAUUGAAGACAGAAUCUAUCAAGGAACAUUAGGAGCAAUCAAGGUUGCAGAUCGUCACAUCUGGAGAUCAGCCUUAGAAAGUGGUCGGUAUGAGUUACUAAGUGAGGAGAACAAGGAGAAUGGAAUCAUGAAAACUGUGAAUGGAGAUGAAGAUGAGAUGGAAGUUGAUGAUCAAGCAAAGGCCAUAGUUAAAGACAGACUUUUGGGGAUAAAAACAGAAACUCCAAGUACUGCCUCAACUAAUGCAAGUACACCACAGUCAGUGAGUAAUGUGGUUCAUUAUCUGGCAAUGGCCCUGUUUCAAAUAGAACAGGGCAUUGAGCGGCGUUUUCUUAAAGCUCCACUUGAUGCCAGUGACAGUGGGCGCUCUUAUAAAACAGUCUUGGACCGCUGGAGAGACUCUCUCCUUUCCUCUGCUAGUCUAUCUCAAGUCUUCCUUCACUUGUCCACCUUGGAUCGAAGUGUGAUAUGGUCUAAAUCGAUACUUAAUGCUCGAUGCAAGAUCUGUCGGAAGAAGGGUGAUGCUGAAAACAUGGUUCUUUGUGAUGGCUGUGACAGGGGUCAUCACACCUACUGUGUCCGACCAAAGCUCAAGGCUGUGCCUGAAGGAGAUUGGUUUUGUCCAGAAUGUCGACCAAAGCAGCGUUCUAGAAGACUCUCCUCUAGACAGAGACCAUCCUUGGAAAGUGAUGAAGAUGUGGAAGAGAGUGUGGAAGGUGAGGAUGAUGAAGAUGAGGAAGAAGAGGAGGAUCAAAGUGAAGAGGAAGAAUAUGAGGUAGAGCAAGAUGAAGAUGACUCCCAGGAAGAAGAAGAGCUCAGCCCACCAAAACGAGGAAGACCACAACUUAGAUUGCCAAUUAAAACAAGAACAAGACUUAGCUCUUCUUUCCCAAGCCGUGGCCUACGACAAGAACCUGGAAGAUACCCUUCAAGGAGUCAGCAGAGUACCCCCAAAACAACUAUUUAUUCUAAAACUACUGGUAGAAACUUGAGAAAGAUCAAGUCUGCGCCUCCUACGGAAACUAAGUCUUUAAGAAUUACCAGUCGUUCUACCCGCCACAGCCAUGGCACACUGCAAGCAAAUGUGUUUGUGGAACUACUUAGUCCUCGCCGAAAAAGCAGAGUGAGGAAAAGUGCUGAUAAUACACCAGAAAACAGUCCCAGCUUCUCUGACUUCAGAGUUAUCACCACAAAGUCAGGUGAUCACUCCAGACUUUCUCUCCAAGAUGGUGAAUCCAAGAGAAGAGGCAAGAAAAGACAAUCUACAGAAUCUUCUAUGCCACUGAAUCGAAGGAGCUCUGGCCGACAGGGAGGAGUUCAUGAAUUGUCUGCUUUUGAACAGCUUGUUGUAGAAUUGGUACGACAUGAUGACAGCUGGCCUUUUUUGAAACUUGUUUCUAAAAUCCAGGUUCCGGACUACUACGACAUCAUUAAAAAACCUAUUGCCUUAAAUAUAAUUCGAGAAAAAGUGAACAAAUGUGAAUAUAAAUUAGCAUCUGAGUUUAUUGAUGAUAUUGAGUUAAUGUUUUCAAACUGCUUUGAGUACAACCCUCGUAACACAAGUGAAGCAAAAGCUGGAACUAGGCUUCAAGCAUUUUUUCAUGUUCAAGCUCAAAAGCUUGGACUCCAUGUGGCACCGAGCAAUGUGGACCAAGUUAGCAUACCACCAACUGCCAAAAAGUCACGGAUCUAAUUUUGCCCUUCUAGAGUGUAUGAUGCCUUUGUGAAAAAAACAAAUUGUUCAUGAAAAUGGAACCUUAAAUCAUGCUCUUAAGCAGACAUUUAUGCAUAAUGCAAUAACAACUGAUUGACCACAUUGAGAUGUGGCCUGCACUAUAUUCUCAACUUUGAUAUUAAGCACUCAGGAGAAUGUAGGAAAGACUUCCUUUGCUACAGUUUUGUUUAGUAUCUAAUAAGUUUGAUAGAUGUAUUGGAUAAUAGUACUGGUUUACAGAGGCUUUUGUACAUUUUGAGAUCAAUUCAUGUGUCCAGAUACUUGGAAAAUAUUUUUUCAGCUAUGAUUUGACACUGAAAUUUUUUUAGAAGUUGUAGUAUUAAGGGGGAUUUGUCUCUACAGACAAGUCCACUAGAGCACACACAGUUUAGAAACAUGUUUCUGUGUCUUAAGAAUCAGAAAGGAUACAUUGUUUCAACACUAGAUAUGAAUGAGCCCGAUUUUCUAUUCUUGAAGUGCUAUACCAGUGCUGGCUGGAGGUAUUAAGUUGGAGUUUAUUAACUAGAUAUUUAUUUAGCAUCCAGAGUAAUUUGUGAAUUUGUUUUAUAUUUAUAAAUUUAUACUUGGAAAAUGUUCUUUAAUUUUUUAAACAAUUUACUGUGUUUUUUGUUUAUCUGGAUAACUUUCUUAAUGAUCAAUAAAAAAUGGUAUCACCUUCCCUUUCCCCUGGCAGUUUUAUAGAACUGUAUUAAGAGUUUUUAUGUACAACUUUUUAAGUGUACAAAUAAAAAUAAUGCUUUUUUUUUUCAA